ACAACUGGUGGUUUUGUAAUAGUAACAGUCCAUACUUGAUCUAGAAGAAUCAGAAUUACUAGCUUCUUAAAUCCUAAUAGAUGUCUACUCUGCUAUAUAAAUACCUAGUGGAAGCCGUAGCUACCAUGUUUCCACCACUAUAUUUACUGCUUUAUGGUGCCAAAUCAGGAUCAGUACACAACUUGCCAGAAAAUAUGUCAUUCAUGGCAGUGAAGGAAAGCAACACAAGCCAAAAGAAUCAUCAACAACAAGAAGCUUGUGAUCCUUGCAAGUCUUUUGGCCAAAAGUGCAGUCACUUGGUCAAGAAGCAGCGUGCCAAAUUCUACAUUCUUCGCCGCUGCAUCGCCAUGCUUUUGUGUUGGCACGAGCGUGCUGAGACAUGAGGCCUCACUAGUAUCAUCCUUUUCUCUAUGGUUGUAACAUAAAGAUAGUACUAUGUCACACUGCAAAUUCAAAAUCGUUGCCAUUUUCUAAUAGGGUUGCUUGCAUUGUGUGUAAUUACGUGCAGCUUACAUGUGAAAGAGAUUAGAUCUGUUUCAAGUUUCUCAACUAUUGAGUAGAUCUUCUUUUUCAUAUGUCAUUAAGAGCUUCUCAAACUUGCAUAUAUGUUAUAUUUGAGGUUUAAUUAGUUCAUUGGGGAGCUUAAACUCAUGCAUCAGCAUCUUGUGCUUCAAAUCUUGAGAGUAAUUUACUUUUUUCUUUCAGUUUGAUUUUUUUUUUUAAAUGAUGAUUGUUGAAAUGAUCUGUGAGAUUCGGAUUUAAUGACUAUUUAAUGUUGAUUGCUUUGUUUGUAGAGAA